AUGGAGACAGUCGCCUAUGACUCUUCUGACAAGCUGCAGAAGCCUCGCGUUUCCCGUCAUGGCAAGCGCAUGCACCUCAGGUAUGCGCCCUCCUCACUACCCUCUCUCGCAUCGCAUAACAAAAGUGUAUNNAGCUACGACUGCCCACACCGACUGAAUGUUUCCAAGAUCUACCCUGUACAGAGCCCGCGAGGCGCCGACAUUAUUAUCUCCGGACACGACGAUGGUCUUCACAUUCUCUGGAGAGGCGGCCGCCCGCUGUCGACUGCAUCACGCACUGUGACAGAGCGCGUCAAGGACUUGUCAAACAUCACCAUCCAACACACCGAGUGGAACCAACCCAUCUCAAUUCGCAAGUCUCCAGUCACCGAAGACAUUCCCGACCAGGCCAAGCCACGCUAUGAUACUCAAGACGAAGAGCUGGAUGAAGACGAGCCAUACCCAUCUUUCACACAAGAGCUGAAGCUGUCUUUUGGCAGUCCCGUCCUCCAUCUGGCUCUGCCAAACAUCUCACAAGCUUCUUCCUCCCUGCAAUCAAAAGCGAAAGUGCCCCUCAUAGUCGAACAACGAAUUGUUCUGGCUGUCGCAUGUGCCGAUGCCUCGUUGCGCCUGAUCACACUCCCUCUCACACCUCCAUCGGCGUCCGCCAAGAGAGAUGGUCGCCUGGGUGCUCAGAUCUGUGACCUCAGUCCAUCUGCUCCGUCCUUGGCUAUGGCUAGAGAUGUCGCUCUGACAUGGACGAGCAGCUCAAGUCUGUCCGCCAGCGACCAUCAGAUGGACCUUGACAACCCACAACAACAGGACAUCACGAAUGACGAGAAGCUCGAUCUGCUCGUCGCUACUUCCACCUCAGCUCACCUCGAAACCCUCACCUUCUACCGCGUUCCCAUCGACUUCAAUGAUUUGACCGGCGGCAAGAUCCCAACUACUGUCGCUCCUUUCCACGUCGUACCGCUGUCAUCCUCUGCGCAGUGUCUUCGCUUCAGCACUGCUCAAUAUCCCUCACGUCAUCACUCUCGUCUUCUCAUUGCCGACGUCAAAGGAACAUUGAAGAUUUACGAUCCGCUAGCGCCAAAAGGUCGUCCCUCGUCUCGCGGCCCUGCUGAUAAUGCGUCUGUUGAAACUGGUACCUGGAUUUCGGCUUUCAACACCGCAUUCCAAAUGCCCAAGGGAGCUACAAGUAAUUACCCUGGCCUUGCUCACAGACGAAAGAUCGUAGACGUUGCUUGGGUUUCUGGAGCCAGAGCUGCUUUGGUCUUAUUAGAUCGUGGUGAAUGGGGUAUCUGGGAUAUCGACGCUGUGACGCAGAAGAAGAUGAACACUUUCGCCAUACAAGGCUUCAUCGGUAGUCCCGAUGCUGCGCCUGCUUCAGAACUUAAAACCAGAUCCACACAGGGACUCGCGCCAUCGACACCCAACACCCGUCAACAACGACAGGAAUCUCUCUUCGGCGCUCCAAAGCCCGCUGCACCAGCGACAACUACAGCUAGAGGCGGAGUGUGCGCUGUUGCAACAGCUGGCAGCCAUGGCUCGGUCGAUGACUCAAUCGUUUUGUGGUACGGCAAUGAAGCAUAUCACAUUUCAAGUCUGGCGUCCCUCUGGCAGCGUAGUCUCAACAGUAGUGGCAAGGAUAUCGGAUCUCUUUAUGGACCAGGACUCUCACAAAUCGAAGGACUGGAUCUCUCUGGCGAGAUUCUUAAUGGUGUCGCGCAGGUUCCUGUCCGUUCCACUGCAAUCAACCUCGGCCCUAUGUCCCAACGCGACUUUGUAGUCACUGGCGAGUAUCGUCUCGUCAUCAUACAGUCAAUGCGACCACAAACACCCUCCAAAUCACUGUUCGCACAAGCAACAGCUGGAGUGAGUAACGGACCUAGCAUAUUCGACCAACAAUUACUGGAACGCGGAGAGCUAGACCUUGGUGGUAUGGAUCGCCUUCUCGACGGUAUGGGCAGCAAGACCAAUGGUUUCACGAACAAGAAACGAGUUGGAUUUGCCGGGUAG